GGGUAAGGCGGGACCUUGACGUGAAACACCAAAACAAUGGCGGCUGUCACCUCCAGCAGACCCUACCAUGUCAUCAUUUUCGGUGCCACGGGGUUCACGGGGCAGUUCGUGGUGGAGGAGGUCGCUCGGACCGCCGCAGAGAGUCCCGGCGGUUCCCCCCUGAAGUGGGCCGUGGCCGGGAGGAGCAGACAGCGGCUGGAGGACGUGUUGAGUCGAGCCGCGGGGAGGCUGUCUAUGCCAGAGCUGAGGACUGACAUUGAAAUCAUUGUUGCCGACGUGUCUAUCGAGGAAUCGCUGGCCAUCAUGUGCCAACAAGGCGUGGUGAUUCUCAACUGUGUGGGGCCUUACAGAUUUUAUGGUGAACCAGUGGUCAAAGCUUGUGUUGAAAACGGAGCUCACUACUUGGACAUCAGUGGCGAACCUCAGUUUCUGGAGCGUAUGCAGCUUGAGUACCACGUUAAGGCCUUGGACAUAGGAGUGUACGUGAUCGGCAGCUGUGGCUUCGACUCUGUACCAGCAGACCUGGGUGUUCUCUACACACAGAGGCAGUUCAAAGGAACGCUAACGGCUGUGGAGAGCUUCCUGAAAAUUAGCAGUGGGCCUGAGGGGUUCAGCGGCCACGAUGCCACUUGGCAGUCUGCCGUCUACGGUUUCGCAGACAGUGGAUCCCUCCGCCAGCUGAGGAAGAAGUUUGGCCACAAGCCGCUGCCUGUGGUGGGAGCCAAAGUCAAAAAGAGGGGUUUUAUGUUUUUCAGCAAGGAGAUCGCGCAGUAUGCCAUCCCAUUUAUGGGCUCAGACCCGUCAGUAGUCAAGAGAACCCAGCGUUUCCUUUACGAGGAGCAGCAGCAGUCACCAGUCCAGUACAGCGCUUAUGUCGGGGUCGGCGGCCUCUUCUCAGUAGUUAAGCUCUUCUGCGGCGGCCUCCUGUUCUGGUUCAUGGUCAAAUUCAGCCUGGGCAGGAAACUCCUCACCAUGUUUCCAUCCUUCUUCUCCUUUGGCAUGUUCACCAAGUCUGGUCCAACUACGAAGCAGAUAGAAGACACCUGUUUCAGCCUGACAUUCUUCGGGGAGGGCUACUCAGAGAGCACAGAUCCCUCACAGGGCCGACCCAACGCCAAGAUCUGCACUCAGGUCAUAGGAGCAGAACCUGGUUACGUAGUGACAGUUUCCACUCUGGUACAAGCAGCCGUGACCUUGCUGGAUGAACUGCACUCUCUCCCCAGGAGGGGAGGAGUGUACACUCCAGGAGCUGCCUUCCAUAAAACCAGUCUGAUCGAUCGCCUCCAGAACCACAGUGUCAAGUUCUCAGUCAAACGCUGCGAGUAGCCCUUUAGCAGUAACCGCUGUGAGGUCACGGCUCCUCCCAGUUCCAGGAUCUUGCAUUUAUACUGAUGGUGCCCUUCAUACAGUCGACACUUUAUACAGUGAGAACUGUAAAAAUCCCCGAACCCUUCAUCUGUUGUCUGUUUACUGGUUUGCUGAUAUCACUCUAAAGCAGGUAGAGGUUCACUGUUUUGCUCGUGGACACUACAGAUCAUUAAUGCCAGCUGUGCCUUUGCUAAUUAUUUAUCUGUUUCCAUCGAAUGGAAAUGUGUUUCAUCUUCAGUAGAAAGUUUCCUCUUGAAUCUCUGAGGACUGAUCCUGCAUCACUGAUGGAUCUCUGCUUCUAGUGAGACACAACUUGUGCAUUACUUUGCUGAUUAAGCAUUUGUGUUGAUAAGUGUGGUGGAUUUUAUCUUAUUUUGAUUUUACGAAUCAGUCCGCCGGCAAAUUUAUACUUGAAAUGUAAGAAAACUCCUGAAACUUGAUAUUUAAAACACUAACAGAAACUACAGAAUUAUGACUGAAUGGAAACUGCUGUUGUAUAUUUAAAAUCUAGUUUCCAAUAAACAAUGUACUAAAGUGCUGGAUGAUACAGGAUGCAGCUGUUUUUUAGCUUCUGUGUAUCUUCUACACUGUGGCUUCAAACACGUUUCAUACUUUGAAAUGUUUCUACAGUUUCACAGAGAAUCAAACUGUAUUUUUGCUCACAUAUUUGCGAACUGCAGAACUGACAGGAAUAAACACUCAUGUGAAUCGUAACUGA